UCACACACACUUUCAGAUUCCCAAAAUCUCAUUAGAUUCAUGCAUUGUAAUCGAUCAAUACAUAUAUACAAAAAUGCAUUCUUCUCUCAACCCAUCAUAAAAAGUUUGAAGCUUUUCUCACCCACAAUCACAAAUUCUUGAAAUAAAAAUGCAAGAUUUCCAACAGUAAAUUUUGUAUCAUUAUGGACUUCAAGACUGGAAAGCAAGUCAGGUUUUACACCGGAGAAAAUGGAAAGUCAAACUAUGAUCAUUCUUGGCAACUGCCAGACAAACAAGUGCCUGAACACAAGGUUUCGGCCCCAUUGUUGAUGAAUAAUGGUAAAGGUAGAAACUUUCCUACAUUAAAUCAUAUGGGUAUAAAAUUAGGAAAAUACCCAGAUGAGAAUAGUAAUGAUUCAAAAGGAAAAAAGGUUUUGGAUCCUGGAAGUGAAAUUAUAUUGCAAUGGAAUAGGAUUUUUUUAUUUUCUUGUUUAGUGGCACUUUUUGUGGAUCCAUUGUUUUUUUAUUUGCCAUCUGUACAGAAUAAAGAUGAGGACGAGUCUGCUUGUAUGUUGUCGGAUUUGAAUUUAGGAAUUAUUGUUACAUGUUUGCGUACUAUGGCGGAUAUAUUUUAUAUGUUGAAUAUAGUUAUAAAGUUUAGGACUGCUUAUGUUUCGCCAAGUUCAAGAGUGUUGGGUAGAGGUGAACUUGUUAUGGAUCUGGAUAAGAUUGCACGACGGUACUUGAAGUCGAAUUUCUUUAUUGACCUUGUUGCAACAUUGCCUUUACCUCAGAUUGUCAUAUGGUUCAUCAUCCCGGCAAUAAGAACACCCAGAGCUGAUCACACCACCAAUGCUUUAGUACUAAUUGUCCUUCUCCAAUAUAUUCCAAGACUCUAUCUCAUUUUUCCUUUGAGCUCCCAAAUCAUCAAAACUACAGGAGUUGUCACCAAAACUGCAUGGGCCGGGGCUGCAUAUAAUCUUGUGUUAUACAUGUUAGCUAGCCAUGUUUUAGGAGCAUCAUGGUACUUGUUGUCAUUUGAAAGGCAUGCAACCUGUUGGAAAUCCACAUGUCGACAAAAUAAUAAUUGUGUACUUCGUUAUUUGGAUUGUGGCUCUUCAGACGACGAUGAACGGAAGAAAUGGGCCAAUGAAACAAGUCUUUUUCGGACUUGUGAUCCUAGCAACACUACAGGUUUCAAGUAUGGGCUAUUUGGAGAUGCUGUUGAAAAACAUGUUGUCUCCUCCACUUUCUUGGAAAAAUACUUCUAUUGCUUAUGGUGGGGCUUACAAAACUUAAGUUCAUAUGGACAAAAUUUGUCCACCAGUACCUUUAUUGGAGAAACAUCUUUCGCCAUACUCAUCGCCAUUAUGGGACUUGUUUUAUUUGCCCAUCUAAUAGGAAAUAUGCAGACCUACUUGCAAUCCAUCACUGUGAGGCUUGAGGAGUGGAGGCUUAGAAGGCGAGACACAGAGUCAUGGAUGAGACAUCGACAGCUACCUCAUGACCUGCAAGAACGUGUGCGUAAAUUUGUACAGUAUAAAUGGCUUGCAACACGAGGAGUUGAUGAAGAAUCUAUUUUGCGUAACUUACCUUCAGAUCUCCGUCGAGACAUCCAACGCCACUUGUGUCUUGAUCUUGUUAGACGUGUCCCCUUUUUCUCUCAAAUGGAUGAUCAGCUACUUGAUGCUAUAUGUGAACGUUUAGUGUCAUCACUAAGUACUCAACAUACAUACAUAGUACGUGAAGGUGAUCCCGUAUCAGAGAUGCUUUUUAUCAUCCGAGGAAGACUUGAUAGUUCCACCACAAAUGGAGGCCGAACUGGUUUUUUCAACUCCAUUACUUUAAGGCCUGGCGACUUUUGUGGUGAAGAGUUACUUGCAUGGGCUUUACUUCCAAAAUCCACCUUAAAUCUACCGUCUUCUACAAGAACCGUAAGAGCAUUAAGUGAAGUUGAAGCUUUUGCAUUACGUGCAGAAGAUCUCAAAUUCGUUGCAAAUCAGUUCAGACGUUUACAUAGUAAGAAACUACAACAUACAUUUCGUUUCUACUCAUACCAUUGGAGAACGUGGGCUGCGUGUUUCAUUCAAGCAGCUUGGCGCCGGAUCAAGAAGAGAAGAAUGCAAUGGAACCUUAGCAUGAGUGAAUCAUCAUAUCGUCCUGAUGAUGACGAUGAUGAACAUCAACAAAGUCAUGUAUCUGAACACCACGAAGAGGCAUCAUUAAAUUCAGCCCAACAGAAUCUUAAUGUGACAAUAUUAGCAUCAAGAUUUGCUGCAAACACACGACGGGGAAUCUUGAAAACGAAGGAUGUUGAUAUGAUUAAGCUGCAAAAGCCUGAAGAACCUGAUUUCUCGGCUGAUCCUGAUGAUGAAUAGUUUUAAGAUAUACACGAUACGGUAUAAGUGUUAGUGAUAACCAUUGAUUGAUAAAAAUAUUUUGGUAGUGUGUUUAUUAGUGAAGUACUUUUAACUGCUGGUGUAAACAUGAUUAUAUGUUACUUACAUAUACUUACAUAUUGAUUGA